AUGGCCACACCCAACAUCAAAUUCGGCAGCCCCGUCGUCUUCUUCGAUUCACAUCCCGAGCAACAACCCGGCUAUAUCGCAUCCUGGGUCUACGCUUUCGGUGCACACUUGAAGGUCGCCUGGACCGGUGACCCACCCAAGAAGCUAUUCCCCGGCACCCUGCGACUGCUUUGGUGGACUACCGACGGCGUCCAAGGUCUCCGCGACUUCGAGCUCCACCAAUCCGAACUCAUCAAAUCUCUCUGGGACUCCCUCCUCGACAACCCAGACGUCUCUCGCGCCCUCGUGACCGGCUACUCUGGCCAAAACCCUUACGUACUCAGUUACGGCGACAACCCCUGGCUCACCAAAGAACAAAAGGAGAAACUUGUCAGGCGCCAAAAUGAUGAAGCGUGGGCCAAGAAAUCGGCCAGAAGAGUAGAGACGAGAAGUAAAGAGGAGAGGUUUGAGGAUGAGAAGGCCGCGAUCAAGAGGAAGGAACAGAUUUUGGAACAUAUUGAUGAGGUGAUUCAGAGUAAUGAAGAUGCCGAGAAGGAGAGGCUUUUGGGUGCGGAUAGAGAGGAUGUUUGA